GGCAGCGGGCAGGGAGAGGCUCCGGGGGAACCCAGCCCCCCCCAACUCCCCCUGCCCCGUUCCCCCCCGCUCCGUUCCCGUUCCGCUCUGCCCCGUUCCCGUUCCGCCCCGCCCCGUCCCGUCGGGGGCACCGGAGCAGUCCCAGUCCCGCGCUCCCCCGAGGCAGGCAGCAGAUCCGUGGAGCAGGAAGCAUGUGAUGUACCCAGGCCCCCACAGUGGGACAGACGGAUGGAUGGACAGACAGACAGUGCCUCCUUGCUCUUCUCUGGACCUGCUCCAGCACCUCAAUCUCCUUCCUGAACUCAGGGUCCCAGAACUAGGCACACACCGGGCUGUCAGGCAGCGUGUUUGGCUGCCCUGGGUGACUCAGCCAUCACCUGGGUUGUCCCCAGCUCACCCUGCAGGAAAGAUGGACACCUUCAGCACCAAGAAUCUGGCCCUGCAGGCCCAGAAGAAGCUCUUGAGCAAGAUGGCCACCAAGACCAUAGCCAACGUCUUCAUCGAUGACACCAGCAGCGAGAUCUUGGAUGAGCUCUACCGGGCCACCAAGGAGUACACCCACAACCGCAAAGAGGCCCAGAAGAUCAUCAAGAACCUCAUCAAGAUUGUCAUGAAGUUGGGCGUGCUCUACCGCAACGGGCAGUUCAGCCCCGAGGAGCUGCUGGUGAUGGAGCGGUUCCGCAAGAAGGUGCACACCUUGGCCAUGACAGCCGUCAGCUUCCACCAGAUUGACUUCACCUUUGACCGUAGGGUCAUGUCAGGGGUGGUGAUGGAGUGCCGGGACCUGCUGCACCAGGCAGUCAAUGGCCACCUGACUGCCAAAUCCCACUCCCGCAUCAACCACGUCUUCAAUCACUUCGGGGACUACGAGUUCCUCUCGGCUCUCUACGGGCCCUCCGAGCCCUACUGCACCCACCUGAAGAGGAUCUGUGAAGGGGUUAACAAGAUGCUGGAGGAGAACAACAUAUGAGGUUGGCCAGGAUGGGCCAUUGGCAGGAGCUGCUGGACUCUGCCUUCUGUGAGCCUGAGGACCAGCUGGUUGUCUGGUUGGACCAUCACCGGGCUUGAUGUCCUCUUCUCUAACAUGCUGACCCAUUUUUAAUCUUGUUUUUACAAAAGACUGAACUUCUUGACUUUGUCUAACCCUUGCCCAGGGUUUGCAGCCUGUGCUGGGCUGGAGUCCUUCCCAGGUGAUCCUGGGCUUCUGCUGUUCAGUUUGGUUUCCUUUGCUCACCCAAGUGCUCUUAGCUCAGAGUCCAAGGAACUGGACUCCUCACCUUGAACUUCCACCCUCCUGGGGGAAAACCAGACCAAAGAUUUGUGGUGGUAACACCUCUGAGGUAUCUCUGGGUGAGUGGGUGGGUGGUUGCUUGGAUGAAUUCUUGGGAGAUCCUGUGACCAGAGGGUUGUGGAGCUCCAUGUUUGUCUUCCAGCAGCUCCGUGACAUACUGGGAGCAAAUCAUGCUCCAGGUUUGUGCUGCCCAGGGUAGGAAGGUGCUUCUGCACCUUCCAGGCUAGUGUGGGCUUUGGCCUCCUGGAUGAGGAGAUGGGUCCCACCUUGCCUGGGUGACCAGCUGCACCUCAGGGCUGGGAGGGAGCUGGGGGGUCCUGCUCUGUCCCUGCACCCCACAUACACCCCUUAAUCCAAGACCCAACUACCCCCCAUGAUGGUACCACUCUGAUGGCCCCAACACCCUCCUUGGUGGUUGUCCCAAGCUCUCCCCAGGAUUUCCUACGUGUCCUCCACUGAGUUAUGGUUGUUAUUUUUUAUCAAACUCUGUAGCCCUGAUGAUGAGUUAUUUAAAUAAACUCACCUGUUUGGCUUGGGUGCUCCAUGGGGUUGGUACAAAGGU